AUGGUGCGGCUGGCGGCCGAGCUGCUGCUGCUGCUGGGGCUGCUCCUGCUCACCUUGCACAUCACCGUGCUGCGCGGCGGCGGCGGGGAGCCGCACGCCCCCUCGGCUGCCGGCAACCACAGCCAGCGGCAGAGCACACUGAGUGCAGAGGACCAUUCUCCUGAAGACAGUUUCACCCUGAACCCCGCGGAGCAAGGAGAAUACCCCAAUCUCCAGGCUGCCCACCGGCCCUUUCCCAAGGAGCAGUUCCGGCAGGAGAGCGGGCAUACGGCCUUGCAGAGAGAUGGACCCAGAUCUUUUCUCCUGGACCUCCCAAACUUCCCUGACCUGUCCAAAGCAGAUAUCAAUGGGCAGAAUCCCAACAUUCAGGUUACCAUUGAGGUGGUGGACAGCCCUGACCCAGAGCCAGACAAGGAGCUGCAGAAGGAGGGCAGCAGGCCCAGCUGGCCAGCCCCGUCGCCCGACUGGAGGAGCUGGUGGCACAGGUCCUCCACGCUGACUCGCAUGAGCAGUGGUGACCAGGACUACAAAUACGACAGCACCACCGAGGACAGCAACUUCCUGAAUCCCCUGGGCGGGUGGGAGAGCCAUGCACCCAGUCACCGGGCGUUCCAGUCCAAGGAGCAGCCAGAGUACGAUUACAUGGACGGUGAGGGCGAGUGGAGCCCCUGGUCCCCGUGCAGCGUCACCUGCGGCAGCGGCAGCCAGAAGCGCACCCGCUCCUGCGGCUACGCCUGCACCGCCACCGAGUCCCGCACCUGCGACAGGCCCAGCUGCCCAGGGAUCGAAGACACCUUCCGGACCGCUGCCACAGAAGUGAGCUUGCUGGCAGGGAGCGAAGACUUCAAUGCAACCAAACUGUUUGAAGUUGUUUCCAUUUCCUGCCCUGAAACAGAUACUGAUAGCUGUGAGAGAUGGAUGAGCUGCAAGAGCGAGUUCCUGAAGAAAUACAUGCACAAAGUGGUCAACGACCUGCCCAGCUGCCCUUGCUCCUACCCCAGAGAAGUUGCCUACAGCACUGCUGAGAUCUUUGACCGGCUCAAGAGGAAGAACUUCCGCUGGAAGGAUGCGAGUGGUCCGAAGGAGAAGCUGGAGAUCUACAAGCCCACGGCGCGGUACUGCAUCCGCUCCAUGCUGUCCCUGGAGAGCACCACGCUGGCGGCGCAGCACUGCUGCUACGACGACAACAUGCAGCUGAUCACCAGGGGCAAAGGGGCAGGGACACCCAACCUGAUCAGCAUCGAAUUCUCAGCAGAGCUGCACUACAAAGUGGACAUCCUGCCUUGGAUCAUAUGCAAGGGGGACUGGAGCCGCUACAAUGAAGCGCGGCCUCCCAACAACGGGCAGAAGUGUACGGAAAACCCCUCAGACGAGGACUUCUACAAGCAGUUUCAAGAAGCAAGGGAAUACUGAGAAGAUUUUCCUUUUCUUCAGAUGCUAAAUAGCAUUCGUUUCCUGGAUGCCAAAGAACUGGUGGUGGCUGCUGCACUGGCUCCUCGACAGGGGCCGGUCAGUUCCUUUCUAAUGAAUGUAUAUAGCUGUAAUAUAAUAAUACAUGAGUAUUUUUCACAGUGUGUGUAAUUUAUAAGCACAUAUCUCUCUGUCUCACACACACCUAUUUUUGCAUACAGACAUACGUAAGUCUUGUCCUGAUAGGAUUUUAUACUGCAGUAACGUUCGUGUAAUAAUGUGCAUUUCAUUUUAUUUCCCAUCUGUAACCUAAUGAAGGGGGUGGGGGGUAGCUGCCAUCACCAUCAGGCCCCAAGGCCCCAGCUGAGGAGGCACAUACUUAAAAGUUGUUAUAAACAAUAGGAUUGAAGAAUGUACUCUUCCAUAUGGGAAUGGUUUACAAGAUUAAUGCACCUACAGCAUCAGUUUUCUCUAUAAUUGGUUUCAUGACCAGUCAUAUCUAAGGAGGGAAGAAUUUUUUUUUGGAAGGGUAAUAGUCAAAAGUGAAUAUAGAAAAUCCCUACCGAUUUUUCCUCUUGGAAUUCUUCCUGUUACCUUCUAGAUCAGGUAUUUGCAGUCCACCUGGUGUAGGCUUGCAGGAAGAUGCAGCUGUGGUUUUCCUAUGGGCCAGAAAAUGUCCUGGUGCAGUGGUUCUGCAAGAGUUCCAAGCAGCCCCCUCCUGGAGACAACUCUGAUACAGAGCUGCAGCUGCUGGGGCUUCCAGAGCAGCUGUGAACCUGUGAACUGAGCAUUUAAGUCUUUGGAGGAGUGAGGGCAGAGAAGGAAUCCAUAUCAAAGGACCAAAAAGAUCACAGUUCCUUCCCAGUUUUUUAAUAUGGAGAAUGUUUGGAUCUGCUUGUUUCUUUCUUUUAAGAAAAGGAAGUUUAUUAUUUUAGAGAACAGUAAAACUGGAAUCCACAAGUUCCCUGGGAUGAAAGAUGCAACAAGCCCUUUUUCCCCAUUUUUCUCAUGCUGAAUGCAGUGUCCUACAGCAGAAGCUGUUCUUUAAGGGAAGCUUCCUGGGAGGAACUACUGGUGUCUUAAAGUGUCUUAAUUUUUUAAAAAAAGCUAGCAUUAUUUUUGUAAAGUAUUUAUUGAAUUGUAAGAAUGACUCACAUGUGGGAUGUAUCUCUAACAUAAAAGUUUUCUGUAGAUGGAACUUGAUUUCCAAGAACACAACUGUUGUUAGGCAAAGAUUUUAUUUCCAAAUUUUUAUAAAGUGCAAGUUUACAAACUGUCAUAAAGCAGCUCAUAUCUGCAUUCUGACGAAAGAUUAAAGUUACACCCUGGGUAAAUAAAUACUUACAGUUCCAUCCUUUGAAAGACAGCCUUGCUGCAAGUCGGUGUGUUCAUUUGGAAAACCAAGGCUAAAUGUCACUAGAGAAAUGCCUAUUUUGGGGUUAUGUGGUCUGACACACAUUUAUGGAACCUCACACAGAGUUACAGCCGACCGGCAUCGCCGUCAGCCUGAGCUCAAAGAUUCAAGACAGACAUAAAAGGCAAUUCCCUCUGCUUAUAUACAGGCACACAUAGAUGACAUUUAAGGUCCCUUCCAACCCAAACCCUUCUAUGGCUUCCUGUAAAUCCUUUCUGUGUCUCUGUUGGCCUCUGGGGUGAGGUUGAUU